UUUUUGUAAAAAAAUAAUCACUUGAAGAGCCUGAAGAUACAUCAAGGGGAACACUGUUGACUAAAUUACCGAAUGGUGAACUGACAAUGCGGACAACAACGGCAGAAAAGCUGGUUCAACUCCAGAGAAAUCCAUCCAAUAUUCGCAACAUAUGUAUCUUGGCUCAUGUUGACCAUGGUAAAACCACACUUGCGGAUGCUCUGGUGGCCAGCAAUGGUAUCAUUUCCCAGAGGAUGGCUGGAAAGUUGCGAUACAUGGAUAGCAGAGAGGAUGAACAGACUCGUGGAAUUACAAUGAAGUCAAGUGCUAUCUCGCUGGCUGUUCAGAAAGAUGCACAGGAGUACCUUGUAAACCUGAUUGACUCACCAGGCCAUGUAGAUUUCUCCAGCGAAGUGUCCACAGCCGUACGACUGUGUGAUGGAGCGGUAGUCGUGGUUGAUGUGGUGGAAGGAGUGUGUCCUCAGACCCAUGCUGUCCUGAGACAAGCCUGGCUUGAGAACAUCAAACCUAUUCUUGUCUUUAACAAACUUGACAGACUGAUAAUGGAGUUGAAGAUGGACCCUCUAGAAGCUUUCUUUCAUCUACAAGUUAUUUUAGAGCAGGUAAACCUAGUGACCAAUGAGUUGUUUACAACAGAGAUCAUGGCAAAAACCUCUAGUGCCGAUGGGACAGAAUCAGAAGAGUCAAAAGCAUUGUCACAUGAUUGGACAAUACAGGCUGAUGAUGAGGAAGAAGAAAGGAACAUCUUUUUUUCCCCAUACCAAGGCAAUGUGGUAUUUGCAAGUGCUUAUGACGGCUGGGGUUUUACGAUCAACCAUUUUGCUGAAAUCUUUUCUAAAAAGUUGGGAAUUAAGAAAGAAGUGCUACAGAAAACACUAUGGGGAGACUUCUAUCUGAACAGUAAAACCAAGCGCAUCAUGAAGGGUGCCCAGUCGAAGGUGAAGAAACCUUUGUUUGUUCAAUUCAUCCUGGAAAACAUUUGGGCGGUGUAUGAGUCUGUCAGUGUUAAAAGAGAUGCUGAAAUGACAGACAAAAUUGUAAAAUCACUAGACCUGAAGAUCUCGCCUCGAGACAUGAGACAUAACGAUCCUCGAGUUAAGCUGCAAGCCAUUAUGGGGCAGUGGCUGAGUGUAUCCAGGGCAGUCUUAGAUGUGGUCGUGGAUGAACUUCCGUCUCCACUGGAGAUAUCUGAGGACCGUGUGGAGAAGCUCAUGUGUUCCCAAGGUCAGAGUUUUCUGUCCUUCCCCAAGGCCACACAGGAACUCAAAGAUGCCUUCGUCGCUUGUAGUACAAAUGACCAUAGCCCAGUGAUCCUGUUUGUGUCCAAAAUGUUUCCUGUGGAGAGGAAAAUGUUACCGCAGUUUAAGCAACGGCCGUUAAGUGAAGCAGAAAUACAACAGAGGCGGGACAAGACAACCAGGAGAAUGUCUGAUAAAUUCUCUUACUGUUGUAUUAUAAUAGUGACGACUAGUCAAGAAGCAGCUGUGUUGGACGAGGGAGCCAAAUCAGCUAAUGGCAUCUCAGUGGAUAUUAAAACCGUCUCCAAGGAUACCACAGAGGAGCCCCCAACAGUUUUUGUGGCAUUUGCACGAAUUUAUAGUGGCACAGUUAAAAAAGGACAAAAACUGUUUGUCCUGGGACCUAAACAUGAUCCCUCACAGGUGGAGGAAGGAACCGUUCGUGUAGGCCAAUCUGUGGUGGACCUCGGGGCUCAGGAACACAUCACAGCUUUCAAUGUUUCCGAUCUCUUCCUGUUUAUGGGGCGUGAACUAGAACACAUGGAGGAGAUCCCUGCUGGAAAUAUAUUAGGUAUUGGUGGACUGGAGGACCACAUCCUUAAGUCUGGGACAGUGUCCAGUACUGUCAUGUGUCCAGCCUUUACUGACCUCUACUUUGAUGCUUCACCGAUUGUUAGGGUGGCACUAGAACCCAAGCAUGCAGGUGAAAUGGGACACCUGGUGCGAGGACUAAAGCUGUUGAACCAGGCCGACCCAUGUGUUCAAGUGUUGGUACAGGAGACAGGUGAACAUGUUAUCAUCACUGCAGGGGAGGUCCAUCUACAGAGGUGUCUAGAUGACCUUAGACAGAGGUAUGCCAACAUUGAACUGCAUGCAUCAUCACCAAUUGUGCCUUUCCGAGAAACAAUUAUAAAUCCACCUAAGACAGAUAUGGUCAAUGAAAUCAUCCAGGAUCAGCCAAUCAAAACAGCCAAGACAAAAGAGUUUGAGGAUGAUGAGGAAGUUAUAGAGACUGGAUUGGUUGAGAUAUACACAGCCAAUCAGAAAUGUUGUAUCAGAAUCAGGGCUUUACCUUUACCUGAAGCUGUUACCAAUCUGCUGGAGGAAAAUGUGAAUCUUCUCAAAACCCUUCAUAGAUUUAAUAGAGCAAAGGUUUAUGGACAGAACAGUGAUGUCAAGGACACAGUUUCAGAAGCUCUUGGCCAUCUUAAGUCUAGUCUAAGUAAAGCUUUUGCAGAUGAAGGAAAAUCAUGGACAGAUGUUGUAGAAAAAAUCUGGGCAUUUGGACCAAAGAGGGUUGGGCCCAAUGUGUUGUUAAAUCAGGUGGAGGGAUAUGAUAGACCCUCGGUUUGGGACAUACAGAGUUCUGAGGGACUUUUUAGGGACUUUGACAGCUCCAUAGUUGGCGGCUUCCAAAUGGCAACCCUUGCAGGCCCACUGUGUGAAGAGCCUGUCCGCGGAGUGUGUUUUGUGAUUGAGAAAUGGGAAUAUAUUGACAUGUCUUACCCUAGGAUUGCUAAGUUGAGUGAAUCUGACAGUGAUCCAAAACUUGUUGAAGAAGAUAUCACGUCUGUGGAAUUGAGUAGCUCAUUAGAAAAAUCAGUAACUAUAGAGGAGGUUGAGAAAGAUGUAGAUGAGAAAUGUAGAGACGGUGACAAAGACGAUGAUAAUUGUGAGGAGGAAAAGGAUAUACCUAACCUUCAGAGGAGGAAAGAAUAUGGUCCGUUCUCAGGCCAGAUCAUCUCCUGUGUGAUAGCAGGGUGUAGGAAAGCAUUUCAGACUCGUCCACAACGACUCAUGGUCGCCAUGUAUAAAUGUAACAUCCAGGCCACAAGCGAUGUAUUGGGUAAGUUGUAUGCUGUGUUAGGAAAGAGAAAUGGCAGCAUAUUGGAGGGAGAUAUGAAAGAAGGAUCUCAGACCUUCAAUGUAGUGGCCACCCUCCCGGUCAUAGAGAGCUUCGGCUUUGCAGAGAGCAUUAGGAAAAAGACGAGUGGACUGGCAAGUCCUCAGCUAGUGUUUAGUCACUGGCAGGUCCUUGAUGUAGAUCCGUUCUGGGUACCAACAACGGAGGAAGAAUAUCUCCAUUUUGGGGAGAAGGCAGACUCUGAAAACAAAGCCCUGCAGUAUGUAAAUGCAGUUAGGAAACGCAAGGGACUCAAAGUAGACGAGAAGAUUGUGGAACAUGCAGAGAAACAGCGUACACUUACCAGGAACAAAUAACGAAUUCCUCAUUAGGACAGACAACUAAUUUGAAGUUCUGUGCUGUGACCAGCAUCUUGCUGUAGGAUCAGUACUGGUGAAUUAUUUUCUGUAGAAUAAUUUAUUUAAAUUCUGUUUCAAGAACUUUGUUAUAAUUGAAAGUGCGAAGUAGAU